AUGAUCAAGAAGAUCAUAAAAGAUUGGAUAAUGCCAAGACCUAAGGUUAUUGUAAUCGCUGGAACAACUGGCGUUGGGAAGUCCGAUUUGUCUAUUCAGAUUGCUACUAAAUAUAAUGGCGAAGUCAUCAACUCAGACUCUAUGCAGAUGUACAAGGGUAUACCUGUGAUAACAAACAAACAUCCAAUAGAAGAAAGAAAUGGUGUCAAACAUCACUUGAUGAACCAUGUUUCAUGGGACGAAGAAUACUAUAUUCAUCGAUUUGAGCAAGAGUGCACAGAAGCCAUACAAGACAUUCAUAGUAGAGGUAAAAUGCCUAUAAUAGUAGGCGGAACACACUACUAUUUACAGACUCUCUUUAACAAGCGGGUUAAUGAAAGGAUACGGAAUCCUAAUGCAGAAGAAACAAAGAUCUUAGACAGCAAUGAUGCGAAAUUGGUUUACGAUACUUUGAAAUCAGUUGAUCCAACAAUAGCAAGUAAGUUCCAUAUCAAUGACAUUAGAAGGGUCAAGAGAAUGUUAGAGAUAUACUACACCACGGGUGAAAAACCGAGUGAAGCGUUUGAGAAGCAAGACACAUCUUUAAAAUAUGAUACACUCUUUUUUUGGAUAUACAGCAAACCAGAAAUUUUGGACAAAAGACUUGAUUUAAGAGUUGAUAAAAUGAUGGACUUAGGAGCUUUGGAGGAGAUCAAGGAACUAUAUGCGUACUAUAAAGAACAUAAAUUCACUGCUGAAAAAUGUGAAAAUGGUGUGUGGCAGGUAAUUGGAUUCAAAGAAUUUUUACCGUGGCUAAAUAACCCAGAAAACUGCGAUUUUAAUGCUUGUGUAGAAAAGAUGAAAAUCAGAACGAGACAAUAUGCUAAGAGGCAGGUUAAGUGGAUUAAAAAAAUGCUAAUGCCAGAUAUUGAUGGGAAAAUAUAUAUUUUAGAUGCAACUGAUCUAGAACAAUGGAAUGUCAAUGUCUCUCAACGAGCCAGUUCAAUUAUCGAAGAUUUUACUCAAGGGAGAAGUACAAAACUUCCGUACGCUCCCGAGAUGUUGUCUUCCUUACUAAUUCAUGACUCACAAAAUAGCCCAAAAUUAAAUGCGGAUUGGAAGCAAUAUACUUGCGACAUUUGUAAAGACAAGGACAACAAAAAUCUCAUUGCCAUUGGCACUAAAAAUUGGGAAAUUCAUUUGAAAAGUAGACGUCACAAAGCUAAUAUAAAUAAACAGCAUAAAAAACUAAACUUCGAAAAAUGGCAGAAACGGAAAAUCGAGGAAGUUGACCAUUAA